AUGGCUGUACCAUGUGAAUUGUUAUUACAUCCAGAAUUAUUGUCAAAUGGGCAAUUAAUUCAGAUUAUUCAAGAGCGUCAUUUACGAGUGGAAAACCUUCAUAAUAUGCGUCGUGAUGAACUAUUAGAUCUAUUUCAUCAAUUUUGUGUACCUUAUGGACAGAGAAGAUAUAGAGAUUCAGGACGAGGUAAAAUCUUGAACAAAGUCCGAAAUGUAAGUCCAGAACAAUUUAAGACGCUUAACACCUUUCAAAAUAGUACUACAACAACAACAACAACAACAAAAUUAAAUAGGAAGAGACUGCAUUCAGAUUGUGAAAGAUUAAAACGUCCACCAGAUAUUUUAUCUGGACAAAUGAAGAGAAUUAAACUAGAUAAUAGUGAUAGUAAUAAUACUGUUAAUGAUGAAAAUAAAAAGAGCAAAAGGAAAAUGUCUAUUGAUGCUGUAACUCCAAGUUUAGAAAAUACUGCAGUUAAGAAGGAAAGGAAACUAAUAACAUGGCCU